CUGAGAGGUAGGAACAUGAAUACACACUUGGGUUUGUUUUUCUAUACUGUGUAGGAAUGCAAGAGAGGAAGCUGUGAGGCUUUAUAAAGGGGUAAGGGUGAAUGGAGACAAGGGGAGGACGUAGAAUUCAUAGAAGGAAGCUUUAAUUAAACAGAACAAAGUUCAAGUUAGGGAGAGGGUAACAGGAAGAGGAGUGGGACUAGACAUAGCCCAGGCCUGCGGCAGAUAACAAACCGUAAUAGUUACAAAGAGCUAAAACUAAUCCCGCAGAAGCCGGACAAGUCGAGAGCUCCUUUAUCAGGUAAAAGCUUCCCAGAAUGGAUCAAGAAAUGUUGGAUACAUUGGUCAAAGAGUUGGAGAAGCAUCGCUUUUCCAUGGGCCAAGUUGAAGGAGUUCCCCUGCCAGGGGACACGUGUGAUGCCUGGGACACAAUAUACAACUUUCAGGCCAGAGAAGAUGAUGUCCUGAUUGCAACUUACCCCAAAGCAGGGACCACAUGGGCUCAAGAAAUUCUGGACCUGAUUCUUCAGGAGGGUGACGUAGAGAAAGCCAUGCGGGCCCCGUGCUUUAUGAAAGUGCCAUUUAUAGACCUGGUUCCAAAUAAGAUCAUACCUUCUGGAAUUGACCUUGCAAAUGCAAUGACGUCCCAACGUUUAAUAAAAACUCACCUUCCUAUACGGCUGAUUCCUCCCUCUUUCUGGGAAAAGAAUGCAAAGGUUGUAUAUGUUGCUAGGAAUGCCAAGGACUGUAUGGUUUCCUACUAUUUCUUCCAGAAGAUGAAUAAAGGUCUCCCGGAACCCGGGACCUGGGAUAAUUACUUCUCAUCCUUCCUGUCUGGAGAAGUUCCCUGGGGAAGCUGGUUUGACCAUGUGAUUGGCUGGUGGAAAGCAAGAGACAAACAUCAGAUACUCUACAUCUUCUACGAGGACAUGAUCGAGGACCCAAUGCGUGAGAUUCGCAGAAUGGUCAAGUUUCUCGGCAAGGAUCUAUCUGAAGAUGUUUUGGAGACAAUCAAACACCACACCUCCUUCCAGGCCAUGAAGAAUAAUCCAAUGACCAAUUUCAGUGUGCUUCCUUCGGUUGUGUUUGAUCAGUCCAUCUCAGCAUUUAUGAGGAAAGGAACUGUUGGAGACUGGAAGAAUCAUUUCACAGUUGCCCAGAACAAUGUAUUUGAUGAAGAAUACGAAAAGAAGAUGGAAGGACAAGACCUGACCUUUCGUAUGGAACUAUGAGGCAUAAACACUAGCAGAACUGUUUUUAUAAACAAUGCUUUAUAAAUUAAAAAAUAAAAUAAAUUGUAAUUUUUCUGACUCACA